AUGAUCAAUCUGUCCGCGAUGACCCCACUUCACGUCUUUCCGGACACGUUUGUCUCAUUCCUGAUUAUGGUGGAAACGAGACUGAGACUUCACGCCAAGGGUAAAACAACCGAAAGAAGGACAGACUGCGGUCAAGGAGUGAACGACGACGACCGAAACGAAAGCGACGACCACGAAGACGACUACGCCGAUGUACACCAUGAGAUUCGUGUCCUCCAGCAUAAGGUGCGACCGAUGUACACGACCGGACGGAAAGAUGCGACUGGCGGACAGGACGAACGCGGAGGCGAGUAA